AUGGGCCGCGAAGGGAUCCGCUGCGGGGGGCAAACUGGGGACGAAGGCAGAAGGUCCGAAGGGCGCAGAGUUGCAGGGCGAGACCGCGGAAGCGAGGACCUCGCAGCGGGGGUGAGUGCAAGUGGGGCCGAGGAGAAGGGGGAGGGCGAAGCAGCGCCGCGGCACCCGAUCAGCCGCGUGAGGUCGAAGGGUCGCAAGCGUCCGCAGCUUAGCAGGGCCGCUCCGACGCGUCCUGUCGCACGGCUUCAGCCGGCGGGGCUGGCGGAGCCCCAAAUGCGGCCAGCGCCACUGGGGGCAGGACUCCGACACACGCGGACAGAGCGGUGCCCCGUCGGUUCGUUUUUGCUUGCAACGUUGCUGCUGCCGCUCACCGCCGCCGUUGCCUCCGCCGCUUGCUGA